AUGCAUGGUUUUUAUCUGAAGAAGGCACAACCUUUGUUUACAACCAAAAGCUGCUGCAUCUACAAGGUACCCCAUGAGAUUCGCCAAUCAAACAAGGAUGCAUAUACCCCGGUGAUUGUUUCUGUUGGCCCACUUCAUCACGGGAAUUCUGGGUUGGUAUCCAUGGAAGGCCAGAAACAAUUUUAUUCUCAACACAUGAUUCAAAGAUCGGAGGCAAGUUUGAGCGAUUUGGUGAGUUGCGUGCAACAGUUGGAACCACAAAUUCGUGCAUGUUACUCAGAGAAGAUCGAUCUGACUGCGAAUGAGUUGGUGAAGGUGAUAUUCAUAGACUGUUGUUUCAUAAUUGAGCUUUUUCUCAGAGAUUAUCAGAAGACUACAGAGGAUGAUGUUAUCUUAUCAAAAUCGUGGAUGCUUACCGGGGUAAUGUAUGAUUUGAUAUUACUUGAGAAUCAGGUUCCUUUGUUUGUUUUUGAGAAGAUAUACAAUCUAGCUUUUGCUUCUCGCAUACAUGGUGGUAGAUUCCCUUCAUUUAUGUUGCUUGCUGUUAUUUAUUUUUCAUAUUUCAACAAAGGAGUGUUAACACCGGCUAGUAGCAGUAUAGCACACUUUACUGAUCUGUAUAGAUACUUCAUCUUGCCACCAUCUCAUAAAAGACCUUCAAGGAAUCGUGGAUCCUUAGUCCUUGGUCACAGUGCAUCUGAGUUAGUUGAAGCAGGAGUCAAGUUCCAAGUAAAUAAAUCAAGUCAUGGCUGCAUACUUGACUUGGAAUUUGAGCAUGGUAUCCUUAAAAUCCCACACAUUAUAGUCCAUGAUUCCACUGAACUUUUGUUGAGGAACAUUGUGGCUUUGGAACAGUGUCACUAUCCUUAUGACCACUACAUCACUGACUAUGUUAGCUUCCUUACUCGACUUGUCAACAGAGACAAGGAUGCGGAUGUCCUCAUCAAAGCUGGAAUAAUUGAGAGUAUGAUGAGUGGUAAUGACACUUCAGUGGCUAAGCUCUUCAACGAUGUUGAUAAAAAUCUUAUAGUGUCAAAUGUCAAUGCUAAUUAUCUCAAAAUUUGUGAUGAUUUGAAAGCUUACUAUAAGCAUCCUUGCCACACUAAAAUGGCAACUCUCAGACGCGAUUAUUUCACCACUCCAUGGAAGACAGCGGCUUCCAUUGCUGGAAUUAUAUUGCUCCUUCUUACUGUUGUUCAGACCGUAUGUUCUAUUCUCCAAGUUAAGUGCGAUGAGUAG